AUGAAGCAAACAGUUAACCAUAGUAUUGGUAUACAAUGUCGAAAGGUUUGGGACAUAUUACGCUCUAGAUACAUCAUUGCGGAAUUAGCUUCAAGUGAAAAUCGGUGUGACAGAGUGACAAGUCAGUAUAUUAGUGCUAUUUUACUUUUUAGCUACGACAACAACAGCUACGACAACAAUACGCAACGUUUAAUUAACUUCUUACGAAUUCAUUCUCCACUCAACGUCUAUAUCUUAUUUUCAGCUUCAACAACUGAAACUACGACAACAAUACGUACGUCCACUGCUGCUCCAACAACUGAAACCACUUCUGCUGCGCCUCUACCCACGACUUGUCGUUCUGGAGCUGACUGCACGGGACACAUUUGUCCCUUACAAAGCCAACGGUAUCCUCACUGUAAAUUCAAUGGAUAUUCCUCUACAUGUCAAUGUACAGUGUGUAUGGAUAACAACCAUUGUUUUUGUCCGUCUGGAUUAAUUGGUCAAUGUCAUCAUGGUCAUACGCAUAACUGUGUGUGUGCUCUACCAACAGUUCCAACAACUGAUAGUACGACUACAAGACCUCCAACGACUGAAAGAUUGUCUACUGUUGGAUUGUCUACUGUUGCUUCAACGACAAUUGCCACUUCUGCAGCGCUUCCCCUGUCUACGGCUUGUCGUUCUGAUGCUGACUGCACGGGACACAUUUGUCCCUUACAAAGCCAACAGUAUCCUCACUGUAAAUUCAAUGGAUAUUCCUCUACAUGUCAAUGUACAGUGUGUUUGGAUAACAGUCAUUGUUUUUGUCCGCCUGGAAUGAUUGGUCAAUGUCAGCAUGGCCAUACUCAUAGCUGUGUGUGUGCACUACCAACAGUACCAACAACUGAAAGUACAUCUACUUCUGCUGCAACAACAACUGUACCCUCAUCAACAACAAAACUAUCUACACUUUCACAUGCGGCAACACGGCCUACAACAUCCACUGCUUCUUCAACCACUGCCAAGUCUACCAUACCAUCAUCAACAAUGUCUUCAUCAACAUCAGCACCACAGGCAGUGUCUUCAUCAGGUACAAGAAAGUGUCACGUAUGUGGAGAUGAUAAAAACAAUAUCACGUGCGAUAUGACGUCAAUUUACAUGGGAAGUUUACAGACAUGCGCGUCAGGGAAAGAUUUCUGUAUGACGGAUAUUGUCCAUAAUGGAUAUCAGUAUCCAUACACCUAUAAAAGGUGUGUGACUGAACAAGAAUGCCGAAACAAGUGGCUACAUCAGACGUCAGACCAGGAGUACUGCAUGAAUUACGGCGGUGGACCAAUGACUGGUCUGUACAGCUGUCACUUCUGUUGCGUGUCGGAUGGAUGUAACUCCAAUCAAAUUCCGGAUAAAUCCACUUUCUAUGUAAAACCUUAGUGAUGUUCAUAGAAAAUUAUAUUUUGUCUUUCAUUAGUAGAUUUUGCAUAAUUUUG